CUCUCCCAGGAAUCCUCAGAAUGUGAGGUUUCUCUCAAAGCAUCUUGCAUCAGCCUGUGGAUGUAUGCCUACCGCCGGGCUCCUUCACCGGCAAAGUAGAAAAAGAAGCGUUUCACAACAAAUUCUUUUUUUUGGGGUUGGGGGGCAUGUAGUGGAUUAUAACUCUGUUUUCUUCUUUCCAAAUCUGUGUACUUCUGGAUGAACAGUAUCUACAAGUGGUCUGGAGUUCCAUGCUGUAGAAAGUUCCAAGGCUUGUGGCUCGAAGCAAAGACGUUGUGACAGUUGAAGAGACGCCAAAUCCAGCUGUUGUGGAGGAUUCUGUUUCUCGGAGAAUGUUCUGCACCCAUGGAUGCUCCAGUUCCAACACCAUCUUCUGAGCUGACCUCCGUUCCCAGGAUGCCCUUGGUGCUGCUCCUGCUGCUGCCCAUCUUGAGUUCUGCAAAAGCUCAGGUUAAUCCAGCCAUAUGCCGCUAUCCUCUGGGAAUGUCAGGAGGCCACAUUCCAGAUGAGGACAUCACAGCUUCCAGUCAGUGGUCAGAAUCCACAGCUGCCAAAUAUGGAAGGCUGGAUUCAGAAGAAGGGGAUGGAGCCUGGUGCCCUGAGGUUCCAGUGGAACCCGAUGACCUGAAGGAGUUCCUACAGAUUGACUUGCACACCCUGCACUUUAUCACUCUGGUGGGGACCCAAGGGCGCCAUGCUGGGGGCCAUGGCAUUGAGUUUGCCCCCAUGUACAAGAUCAAUUACAGUCGGGAUGGCACUCGCUGGAUCUCUUGGCGGAACCGGCAUGGGAAACAGGUGCUGGAUGGGAAUAGUAACCCCUAUGACAUUUUCCUAAAGGACUUGGAGCCACCCAUCGUGGCCAGAUUUGUCCGCUUCAUUCCAGUCACUGACCACUCCAUGAAUGUGUGCAUGCGGGUGGAGCUUUAUGGCUGUGUCUGGCUAGAUGGCUUGGUGUCUUACAAUGCUCCAGCUGGACAGCAGUUUGUACUCCCUGGAGGCUCCAUCAUUUACCUGAAUGAUUCCGUCUAUGAUGGAGCUGUUGGGUACAGCAUGACUGAAGGGUUGGGCCAGCUGACAGAUGGGGUGUCUGGCCUGGACGACUUCACUCAGACCCACGAAUACCAUGUGUGGCCGGGCUAUGACUAUGUUGGCUGGAGGAAUGAAAGUGCCCCCAGUGGUUACAUCGAGAUCAUGUUUGAAUUUGACCGCAUCAGGAAUUUCACCACCAUGAAGGUCCACUGCAACAACAUGUUUGCCAAAGGUGUGAAGAUUUUUAAGGAGGUGCAGUGCUACUUCCGCUCGGAGGCCAAUGAGUGGGAACCGAACUCCGUGUCCUUCCCCCUCGUCCUGGACGACGUCAACCCCAGUGCUCGGUUCGUCACCGUGCCCCUCCACCACCGCAUGGCCAGCGCCAUCAAGUGCCAAUACCACUUUGCUGACACCUGGAUGAUGUUCAGUGAGAUCACCUUCCAAUCAGGUUGGGAGCCGGGGGGCCUCCUGUGGAAGUGGGAGCAGGGUGGUGAAGGAGGCAGGUGCAUGCUGGAGCUGCUCAUUGGCGGGUAUCUGAGGAAGAGGGUUGCACGGUGGUUUCUCAUUGGUGGAUAG